UGUCGUUGCGGUUAGCUUUCUGACGCUGUUGCGGCUUCGCACAGCAGAAACAUGGACGUCACAUGUGACAGAAUAACCUAAACAUGAUCCUUCAGGUUCACCGCGGGAAAAAGCAGCACCAACAACGAGGUGAAGGUGGACAGACGGCAUGACAGAGGAGAAAUGUCCCCAGCUGGUGGACUACUUUGUAGUGGCAGGUCUCAACCCUGUGGGACCCUGGAGGCCCCUGGACGAGGAAGGCAGGAGCUCCUCCUCGUCCUCACUGGGACGGGCGGUGGAACCGGUGACGGACGUGACAGUGAUCGCCCGCGGCUUCGGGGAGGACGUGCCAGAAGGUUUCACCUGUAUCGAAAAGACGCUGGGCAGCCACUCGGCUGAGCUGAGCGCCGGGCUCAUCAACAACCCACACCUGUACUUGUGCUACCGGCGAGGGCGAGACAAACCGCCCAUCCUGGACCUGGGGGUUCUGUAUGAAGGGAAGGAGCAACUUAAACCGAGCUGGUACAUCAUCGAGACGACUCCUUACAGCCGCUCGGCCAGCCUGAGCGCAGGCGGCGGCCCAUCAGCCCACCGCGUGUUCCUGAUUUACCGCCGGGCACUGGAGUCACAGGCCCUCCACCUGCUGGGCAUCACCGACAUCGCCCUGCUGCUGCCCUCAAAAGGAGAGGUCGCGCCUCACACCUUCUGCCGCGUGGACAAGAACCUCAACACUGGCAUGUGGGGUCCAGCUAUGUACCUGUGCUAUAAGAGAGCUGUGGCCAAAGCCAAUGCUCUGGUAUACGAGGCCGGCCUGAUUAGCCGUUACCCCGAGGACGACCUGGAGGCGUUUCCUCUUCCGGAGUCUGUGCCGAUCUUCUGCCUCCCGAUGGGCGUGACCUUGGAGAGCUGGCCUCUCAACACAAAAUACCAGUUGCCCAUCUUCUCCACCUUUGUCCUCACGUCUGCCUCCGGCGACAAGGUUUAUGGAGCAGCCAUUCAGUUCUACGAGUCCUUCUCCAGGGAGCUGCUCUCAGAGCGACAGAGCAUUCGGCUCGGCCUCCUCAGUGUGGUCGACCGUCGGCCAAUCACCAACCGCAGCCUGCAGGUGAAGAAGAGCAUCUGCGUCCUGUCGCACUGGCCCUUCUUCACCGUCUUCCAGAAGUUUCUGACCUUUGUUUACCGAUACUCCAUCUCUGGACCGCACGUCCUGCCACUGGAGAAACACAUCUCCAGCUUCAUGCACAACGUUCCCUUCCCGUCCCCUCAGAGGCCUCGUAUUCUCGUUCAGCUUUCGCCGUACGACAACCUGCUGCUCUGCCAACCCGUCUCCACGCCUCUGCCGCUCAGUGGGGCGAGCUUCCUGAAGCUGCUACAGAACCUGGGUCCAGAGAACGCCUGCAUCCUGUUGCUUGCCGUCCUCACCGAACACAAACUCCUGCUCCACUCGCUGCGACCCGACGUCUUGACCUCCGUCAGCGAGGCCCUCGUCUCCAUGAUGUUUCCUCUUCGCUGGCACUGUCCAUACAUCCCGUUGUGCCCACUGCAGAUGGCGGAUGUGCUGCUGGCACCGAUGCCCUUCAUCGUUGGCGUCCACUCCAGCUACUUCGACCUCUACGACCCCCCGGCUGACGUGGUCUGUGUUGACUUGGACACCAACACCAUCUUUCAGUCGGAGGACAAGAAAGCGUUGUCAUGGCGAUCGUUGCCCAGGAAGCAUGGGAAGCUCCUGUUCAACACCCUCACCACUCUGAACAAGACUCUGGAAAAGAUUUGUACUCCCGGCCAUGAGGAGGCAACACUGGAGUUUCUGCUGACAGACUACGAUCAGAUUUACAGACGACAGAAGCAGCUGGAGCUGGAGAUCCAGGAGGCGUUCCUCCGCUUCAUGAGUUGUCUGCUGCGAGGCUACAGAGCCUUCCUGCUGCCAAUCACCCAGGCGCCAUCCGACACUGCUACCGACUGCAGCUCACUGUUCCACCUGCAGGGCUUCCUGAAGUCUCGUGACCGUACACAACAGAAGUUCUACAAUCAGCUGACCAGGACUCAGAUGUUCACACAGUUCAUUGAGGAAUGCUCUUUUGUCAGCGAUGGCCACGCCUGCCUCGAGUUCUUUGAUGAGUGCGUACAGAAGGUAGAUGUAGAGAAGCCCGAGGAGGUGAGGCUGGUUGAUCUGGAAGAGAGUCACUGUGGAGAACACACUGUCUUCAUCAUGCCCCCUGAAGAACCUCAGGAAGAUGACGGGUCCGAGUGCCCCGCCCAGUACAGCUACGAAACCUUCCCUGUCCUCAGAAUGGAGCUCUUUGACCAACCCCAGGACAAGCUGCCUGUCCCAGCCAAAGGCAGCGCCCCCAGCAGCCCCGCCCCCAGACGCACCAAACAGGAAAUUAAGCUGGCCCAAAAGCGAGCUCAGAAGUAUUCUGCAGUGCCAGAGAUGUGGUCGAAGUGUCUGCUGGGUCACUGCUACGGUUUGUGGUUCAUCUAUCUGCCGACCUUCGUACGGGCGGAGAUCGCCAAGGUCCGCACCCUUCACACAGCAUACGAUGUCCUCAAACACAUGGAAAACCGCAAGGUUGUGCUGCCUGAUGAGGUGUGUUACCGGAUCCUGAUGCAGAUGUGCAGUCAGUACGGUCAACCGGUCCUCGCUGUGCGAGUAAUGCUGGAGAUGAAGAAGGCAGGAAUCACACCAAAUACCAUCACCUACGGAUACUACAACAAGGCUGUUCUGGAGACGAAGUGGCCGUCCACCAAUCAGGGCGGGUGUGUGCGAUGGACCAAGCUGCGGAACGUCCUAUUGGCUGUGGCCCAGUUCAGACAGCCAAUCAAACGACGCCAGAAGAGUGGCUCUGUGGGGUCACGGGGAGAGAUCACCCAUGACCACGAUCAGAUGCCCCGCCCCUGCUCAACGCUGAUUCGCCAGUCCAGCUGGAGCGGUUUGAGUGAAAGCUCGAGCCACGAUUCUCUGACGGGCCUGCUGGUGAAGAGCAACAGUCUGAACAGCAUGAAGGCUUCUUCAGACAAGGUUAAUCUCUCUAAGAGGACCUUCUAUCGUAACGCGGAGCCUAACGGCUGUGCAGACGCCGUCUCCCGUAAACCCCCGCUUGGACGUAGAGACAUUGCCACCCUGCCUUCAGCACCCCCUAGUGGUGUUGUGGUUCAGCGCAGUCAGAUCUGCCUCUCCACUUUCUACAAAGACUGUGCAGAGACUCCAGAGUGUGAUCUGGAUUGUAGCUGCCAGUCUGCAGACAGAGACGACAGAACUACGGUAUGGAGUGACUCAUCCAGCCACAGCACCAAAGUGGACGAGAACUACAAUAACAUCUCUUCACUGAGUCGUGGCGGCCUCGCGGGGAAACUCCAGCAGCUCCUCACACCAACCCGGCACAGGACAUUAGCAAGACGAGCCGCCAGUGUGGGCGACCGGCGCCCAGGAGGAGAAGGAGGAGCCAGCAGUGGACGAAGAGUGUCGGAGCACAGACAGUCCCGGAAAGCCCAGGUCGCUGAAACGCUGCUGAAAGCCAAGGACAGACUUGUCAACGCCAACUCGGAGAGUUCUUUGUCUGUGGGAAGCGACAUCGAUCUGAUGGACACGCCCAGCCCAGCCUAUCCUCUGCGCAGGUCCUGGGAUGCCAACCAGGAGGGGGUGGGACUUGAGGUUCUGAUGUCCAGCUGCUCUUUGUGCCGUGGCUGUAACUCUUUGAUUUAUGAUGAGGAGAUCAUGGCCGGAUGGACGUCUGACGACUCCAACCUGAACUCCUCAUGCCCGUUUUGCUCCGCCUCCUUUGUGCCCUUUCUUAACGCUGAGGUCUGUGACCUCGGACCUGUUUGCAGUGUGGAACGCAGCACCUGGAAUACAGAGGAGGAGAAGGAGAACUUAGCGAGGCCAAGUGGCCAGGAGACGCAGUGUAACGGAUUGAGUGAAAAUUCCACCUCUGGAACCAGCAGCCACUCGGAAAACACCAGAAUCACCUCGGGUUUGUCAGGGGGCGGGGCUCCUCAGGUGACUGUGGCCUACCUGAGCCCUCUGGUUUUGCGGAAAGAGUUGGAGAGUCUGCUGGAGAAUGAGGGCGAGUCGGUCCUGGCCCAGCCUCAGUUCCUUGACAACCACUCCAUCAUCUUCUGGAACCUGGUCUGGUACUUCCAGCGUCUGGGUCUGCCCAGUAACCUGCUGCAGCUGGUCCGAGCCUCGCCGCUGGUCAGCCAAUUCACACAUUCAGAAAGUUCAGCAGUCAGAGUGCGACUCCUGUGGGACACGCUGUCCCCCGACACGGACCACUGGCCCCCCCUCUACGUCCUGUGGAGGAUCCACAGUGGCGUUCCGAUGCGAAGUUAUGGCUGGCGGCGACACAACCACCCAUUCAGCUUGUCCUUCCUGGAAGAGGUGCUGCGAUGCGUGGGCAUGAACGAGGUGCAUAAGGCCAUCAACCUGUUCUUGGACACACUCAUCAAACAUCCGGGCUCACCGCGGGUACAGAGGAGUUUGUACCGAGAGUUCCUUUUCCUCACACUGGCGGUUAUGGGCAAAGACCACGUCGCUGCUUUCGAUAAGAAGUACAAGACAGCAUACUCUCGGCUCAGCGGUACUUUGGGUCACGAGGCACUCAGAACGAAGCGAGUGCAGCCUCCCAGCGCCAAAGCUGUGGACUGCAGACGCAGCUUCCACCCGCUUCUCGAGUGCUGAUGAGUCCAGCAACAGGAAGUGUAACAUCCUGACUCUUUUCCUUCUGCCUUCACCUGCUUUUAUUCUUCACCUCUGUGCUGCCUCCUAGUGGCUGUUGGAGUAUUUUGUGCUCCUUCGUGUUCACCGUGUCGGUGUGAAUCCUCCACCUUUUCCUGCUAUUCAUUUCAAAGAUUUGAUGUUUGAAGCACCAGCAUCACCAGACGAAGCCGAGCAGGACGCAGUGACCUUACCAAACUCCAAAACAAA